UGGGGCUGAAACUGAAAGUGCCUGGGCUGCAUUUCACCUUCAGCCCUCGGUUCAGUUCUGCAGGGUUUAAGAUACAAGAUGAGUGUAAGGACCCGGCUUGUGGAGGAGGAGAUCCGACUCAAGAGGGGGCCGUCAGGGUUGGGGUUUAAUAUAGUCGGUGGUACGGACCAGCAGUAUGUUGCCAGUGACAGUGGUAUUUAUGUCAGCAGCAUAAAGGAAAAUGGGGCCGCCGCCAAAGAUGGCCGGUUGCAGGAAGGCGAUCAAAUAUUAGAGGUGAAUGGCAGUAAGUUAGAAAAUUUGUUGCACAGUGCCGCUGUGGAUCUCUUUAGGAACGCUGGAGAAGAUGUGGUUUUAAAAGUUCGACACAAGUUUCAGAACCAGCAGAAUGGCCCCUCAGGAAACAAACAAGACAAAGAAUCCGAAGGACCUUCAUUAGCUACAAUUAUAGUACCCGCCCUAUUGGCCAUAACGGUUCUCGUGGUUUGGGCGGUUAUUCGAACUCGGCAGCGCAUGUGACCCAUUUCUAAAACUUCUAUAAAUAAUCUCAAAGAAUAAUCUAAAUAUAGUAUACCAGAUCAGACACUAUAUAAUAUAUAUAUAUCUGCUGCCUGGAUUAUUGCUUACCCAGAACUUACAAAGGUUCAAGCCACAGUGAGGAGUAUAUUGUACAAUCAUACUGUUAUUAUAUCGUUUCACUUCCUUGGAUGUUAAUUUUUUUUUUGUCCUUUUUUCUUACCACAAACAUUUUGUCUUUUAAUAAUCACAGUAACUUAUUAUUUUUAAUUUAUCCCUGUCCUGAUUGGUUUUUAUCAUGUCCUCAUUUCCUAAAAUGUCAUACAACUUAGGGCGAUUAUCUUGCUGAAUAAAAUUGGGACAUAUUUCCAGUACUAGUAUUUAACUACAUUCCUGCCAUGCUAGGAUUGAGUUGUUUAAUAAACAAGCUGCAACAUCUAUUUAUCAAGUGGCAUAUUUAAAAACAUUGAUUUCAUUAUUAUAUAUUAUUUUUAUUAUUACUUGAUUAUUUUGACCAACAUGGCAAUGGUAAUGCGAAGGUGACGUUGGAAUUAAAUUUAUUGUAGAGUGUCCGCUCUUCUGAGCAGGUUUCUUUGUCUUAUUUGGUCAUUUUGCCUUAUGUUCGCUACAAAAAUUGGUCAGUACCAAUAAAAAUAAUAAAAUAUUAGCUACACGUUUUUGUUUUGCAAAAUCAGUAUUUAAUGUUUGUCUCAAAAUUCUGUACAGAAAAAAAAAUAUUUUCAAUUUAUCUUCCUGAGUCUCUCUCUCUGGGACUUUUGAUGUUGCUUCUUUUAGAAUUGACCCAAUGUGACAAAACUGCCAUUUCAGCCUAAAUUGUUCUGUGUUUUAAUAACCGUUUAAUGAAAUUGUUUUUGUAUCUUUAUGAUAUGAACACCAAAGCAAUUAUUCACUACAUACAAAGUUGGAUUUAUUAAAAAGCUAUCUUUUUUUGUA